CCAAUCGGGUUUUUUGGAAGCAGAGGCGAGUGAGGUCUACGGGAACAUUGUGGUUGCUGUUGUACGCGCUAGGUAAGACAGCCAGUAUGGCGGAAGAAGAGAGUGAAGUAGAGUUAGACAGGCUGAAAGAAGAAUUAGAGUGUUUGCUGGCUGCUAGUGCACGCGACGAACAUGGACACAUAAGCAAGUCCUACUGUGCAAAGUUCUGUAAGCUGGUGGAGGAACACACGGGACGCUGGCAGGUACCACUGCCUCAGCUUCAGGUUCUCCGCUGGGCACUCUGCUCCUUCGUCCGAAGAACCGCCUCUUUCCCUGCAGACUGCGAGCAUGUGCGCUACACCCUCAGUAGCCUGGCCCUGAGUGUCUUUGAGCUGCUGCUGUUCUUUGGGAAAGAUGAGUUCCCUGAAGACCCCUUGAAAGGGAUUCUGGACUCCUUUCAGGAGUGCCAGGCGUGUUUGGUGCGCCACCAGAACCUCUACCUGCUGCAGGUGAGGCAGAUCAUCAGAGAUGGCGGCCCGUGGGCGAGCGCAGUGCUGCAGGGCAUCCUGAGGGAGGCGCCACAGCCUCCAGAUGAGGUGAGCAGGUUCCUGGGCUCGGAGGCGUGUGUGUUUCUGGAGCUGCGCGUGCGCUACCUGCUGGUGUGUGAGCGCGUGCAGGAGGCCCUGGCGUUGGCGAGAGCCUGCAGUCAGCACCCCGGCGCUGGGCGCCACCUCUUCUUCCUGCAGGCCCACCUCACCUGCCUGUGGAAGGCCUCCAUGAACGACCACCUGCUCACACAGAUGUCUGUGAUUGACGGUAUGGAUGCGGUGGAGAUCAUCUGUAACUGUGAGGAGGAGGUGAACGACGACCUGCUGCUGACGCUCAGCCGAGGCUUCCUGAGCCAGCAGCUACGUACUGGGGACAUGUUCAACCUGUGGGACCUGGUGUUCAUCUGGAGUAAGCUUCAGCUCCGAACCAGCCCGUCGAAGGAGGACUUCCUGCAGCAGUGCCAUCAGCUGAUCCUCACCGCCGGCAACGCCAGAGCCGUCUUCCCCUUCAUCAAGAUCAUCCUGGCAGAGGUGGGGAAGUGUGGCCUGAGGUUUUGCGUGGAGUUGUGUGCCAGGGCACUGGAGACCGACCUCCAGAGCGACCCCGUCACGAAGUCCCUGCUCUACAAGACCGUGGCCUACCUGCUGCCCUCGGACCUGGAGGUGUGUCGGGUGUGCGCCCUGCUGGUGUUCUUCCUGGAGCGCUCCGUGGAGUCCUACAAGACCGUCUCCCUGCUGUACAUGCACCCCGACCAGGAGUACCACGUGGACGCCAGCCCCAUCGGCAACAACGUGCGCUUCGAGGUGCUCCAGAUCCUCAAGAAGGGACUCUGCUUCGACCCGGAGUUCUGGAACCUCAUCACGCUGCGCUCCAACUGCGUCAGCCUGCUGAGCUCGGACUGCAGGUCCGCGCUGACGGAGAUCAUGGCGGAGGAGCCGUGGGCGGCCGCCUGCUGCGGGCGAGAGCCGUGCGUGUGCCACCUCGACCCACCCGCCAGUCCCCCGCCGCAGCCCACCAGUGAGCAGAGGCUGCUGCCGGUGACCAUGGCGACUGCACCAGGCAGACACCGAGCCCUGCCCUGCGGGUUGUCGGUAGCAAAGCGUCGCGGCAGGAAGCCGGGCGUGAAGAUGGUGGAGACCUCGUCGUCGUCGUCGUCACUGCGCCGCUCGUUCCGGCAGCUGGACAUGGCGCAGCAGAACACGGCGCGCCAGCUCGGCACGCGCCAGCAGCGGCUACUCUCCCGUCAGGGCGAGCGCCACGGCUGGAAGCGGCGGGGUCGGAAGCCGCGCUGGCUCCUGGAGGAGGAGGCAGCGGCGCAGGCGGAGAACAGCGCCCCGGGUCGGGGCAGGAGGCCCGGCCGGAAGCCCGGGAGGAAGCCGCAGGCGCCGGCGCCGCCGGGGCAGAUGCGGACGUACGAGCGCUCGCCCUCGGAGAGGAGGAACAAGACCGUGAAGAAACCCGCGGACAUACUGCAGAACCCGGCCACCGGCUCCGCUGCGACGGGCGAGGCGUUGGGCGACGGGCAAGCGGCCGCUGUUCUCCACCUGUGGAGCGAAGCGCUGGAGCUCUCCCUGCCCGACAACGAGCUGAUGGACACGUGGACGACUCGAGCCCCGUCAUCACCUGUCCCCACGUCGCUCUCGGACCGCUGCACUGGCGGGGCAGGUGACAACGUUAUUGUCACACCUGCUCUUGCAGCAGCAGCGGACGGCGGGUCACACAGGGCUCUGCAGAUGUUCUCAGAGAGCGGCGUUGAGGGGCUGUUUCAGAGUCACAGUCCGCUGGGCCACAUCAGGCAGUUCCACAGCUACGCUAAGACUCACGAGGAGCAGGGCGUCCAGCUAGACGCCGAGCCGCCGGAGGCCUCUGGGAAGGCAGAGCAGCAAGGGGCGCCUCAGGAGUCGCCUCAGGAGUCGACCACAACAGCCAGCGCAGUGCAGCGGUGUGGAGAGCCUCAGGUGGUGGAGAUGGUGGAGGUGGAGGUGGCCACAUAUACAUCAUCCACACCCCUAGAUGGCGCUAAACAGCUGAGCGAGAGAACCUCUACUGAAGAGACCGGACUGACAACUGAGCCAAGCAUCACUGCAGAAGAUGGUUUCACCUCAGGCAAAUAUGACAGUAUCUCGCUUGACCACAACAACCUGGAUAGUAGUGGUCUCAUCAGGGCUCCAGCAGGGCCUGUUAGUCCUGAAGACAGUGUGUUGUUUGGACGUAGAGUUCCAGUGUCCUCUUCAGAUGAGGCCACGCCUGAACUCGGCACAGCCGAGGCGACCGCUGCGGAGGAAGCGGAGGCCAGGAGACAGGAAGUGGCUCAGACCGCAGAGGGGAUACCGCAGACUCCACCAGAGAUGCCCCAGAGGACCCCAGUGAGGUCUGUGGUGUGGCACUCGGACACAAUGCCACAUGAGCUGGUAUCCUCUGCCACUCUGCCACCUUCUCAGACUCGACAGUCUGAGGUGCCGCCAUCCAAGAUGGCGCCCUUUGACUCUUCACCCUUUGAGGCACUGCUGUCUCUGCUGCCACAGGUCACACUAGCAGAAACCUCAUCCAAUGAGCUUUCUCCAUUGGACAAUCCCCAACUAAAGGUCACAACCAAUGAGCUUUCACCAUUGGACAAUCCCCAACUAAAGGUCACACCACCAGAGACUCCUCUAUUUGAGCCCAGUCUGUCUCCAGCUCCCCUGCCGGAAACAACACAAUCUAAGACUGCACUACUACAAGCGACACCGUCAAAGACUACACUACUACAAGCGACACCGUCUAAGACUACGCUACCGGAAGCCACACUCUCUCCAGCUCCCCUGUCCGAGGUCAUGCCACCUAAGAAUCACCUGUCGGAGUCCCCGCCGUCUGAGUCUGCUGUGUUCCACGCGUCCCAGGAGUCCCCUGUCCCGCUCGUCCAUUGUUGCCGUCUCUGUGACAAAGUGUUCAAGGGCGGCAACAUCAUGAGGCACGCAAACUCCCAUUUCCGUGGAAACCAGCUGCUGUCUCCAGGGAAGUGCAUGUUCUGCGAGAACCCUCCGGCGGGCCCGGCCGAGGCCUACGAGCACUUCUCCCAACACGUGGCUCAGCUGCGGCUGGAGCAGCUUCCCGGGCUGGGGGAGGAGGUGGCUCGGGAGAACGGAACCGGCCACGGCAAGCACACGGCGCUCAUGCCCCCCAGAGUCAGGAAGAAGAAACGGGGCUGGUGGAAUCGGAAACUCGCCCCGGGGCCAGAGGAGUCCGCAGACGCGCGGGUGACGGAGGGCGCGGCUGCCUCGCAGACACACGGUGGGCAUGAUCCACUGCGACCCAACGGGAAAGUCGGAGGGAAGAAGCGGCGCGGGAGACCACCAGCGGGGGAAGGCGCUCAGACGGACAGACGUCCACGGGUGAAGACGAAGGUGAGCGCUGAAGGUGGAGAGGCGCCGGGGAAGAAGGCGAAACGGGUCCGAGGCCACGCCUCCUCCCAGAGCAUCAUGGGUAACAGCACAGACCAGGGGGAUUCGGCCUCACAAGAGGCCAUUACAGCCAAGCCAAAAAAAAUACGCAAAGCACAGAAAGCUCUGAAGAAGGCCGAGGCACAGGUGCUUCCGGGCCGGGAUGAUGGUUCUGUGCCGGGGCCCGUGUUUGGGACCGUGAAGCCAUGUGAUGGCCCAGGCCAGAUGCCAGGCUUGAAGAGUGGGCUGCCGAACCCGAACGAGCUGGUUCCGUGCCCGGCGCAGUCUUGCCAGGACAUGCUGAAGGGGAGGGGCGGGGCUAUUCUGGGUCACCUGCUGCAGCACCACCCCACAGACAGCGACGCGUUCCUCUCGGUGUACCGGUCGGCCGAGGGCCGCUGCACGUACUGCACCCGCCGCUUCCACAGCUUUCAGCACUUCUUCGCCCACGCGGGCCGCCACAGCGGCAGCCUGAAGCACCGGUGCCCCCACCAGGGCUGCGGCAGCGAGGGCUUCCGGCGCCUGGCGGACGUGCGCGAGCACAUGAAGGAGCACCCCACGCUCCGCAUGCUGUGCUGCUUCUCGGGGUGCCAGCACACCGCGCAGACCAGCAUCGAGCUGCACAGGCACGAGCGGAAGCACUACGGCCCCUCCAGGUACAGACACGUCCCUCUGAUGCCCCCCAACGGGGAGGUACGAGCCCCGCGGACGCCCGCCCUCGCUGUCACGGGGCCACCCUCACAGGAUCAGAUACCCUCUCCCGCUGCUUUGGGCUCCGACCCAAGGACGGGUGCCCCUGACCAUCUGACACUUCCUGCCGUAAAAGCAGACCCGAGGGCAGGUGCCCCUGACCCGCUGGGACCUCCCAGCAUAAUAGCAGACCCAAGGACAGGUGCUCCCGACCCCAGCGUAAGAGCAGGCUUGGCUGUAGAGGGUCGCCCGGGGCCCGUCUCCUCCAGCGCCGGCCAGAGCGAGUCCUCCGCUCUGGUGAACGGGCACGGCAAUAAGGCGACCGGUCCAGCCACGCCGAAGGCAGAGGGUCCGCUGUCUCCGUACGGGAGUGUUGGCACCAAGCCCUUCAUCCGGCCCUUGCCCUGCGCCUACCUGGACGAGAAGUACACCAGCAUGCCCAAGCGCAAAAAGGGUGGCAGCAGGCCCGUGGUGGCGGUGGCACAGGCACAGGCGGAGGUGGCGCCCCCCAGUGGCCCCCCUCAGAGGCAGCGCUGCUCACGGUGCUUCGCCUCCCUGGCCAGCUCAGAGGAGCUGCAGGAGCACCUCGCCCUCAAGAAGUGUGCCACGCUCUUCGGCUUCGACUCGGACGAGGAAGGUGGCUGGUAAACAGGGGAGACGCGUCGCAGAAGGAGACUCCCAAGAAGAAGACGCUAAGGAAGCUGUGAGACGCCUGUGAGACGCCUGUGAGACGCCUGUGAGACGCCUGUGAGACGCCUGUGAGAGAUUAUGCCCUGACUGGCUCACGAGCGGAGCGGAGAAGGGAGAGACUCUAGCAGACACUGAAUGACUACAGGUCACAUGACCCCAGGUCACAUGACCCCAACCUCAUAUCACCAGACUGAAAUGAGUAUCUUCAAGGAAGGAAGGAAGGAGGAAGGAAGGAAGGAAGGAAGGCGGAGCCUCUCACGCUUCUCCAGUGGUUGCUUGAUGACUUGUCACUUGUUGCUAAUCACUACACAUCUUUGCUUUAACUUUUUGAAUAAGAAAUGGAAAAUGUCUGGGCCAAAAAUACUUCAGACGUUCAGACUGUGCCCCUUCAAAUAUUAGCCCUGGGUUGCUCAGGGUCGAUCAUCUUAACAUUUCUUUCCCCCUGAAAUGGUGCAGAACUUAUCAGAAACGUUUUUUUUUUAUUUGUGGGGCCAGCGUCUUGUACCAAACGGACCCAAGCCAGAACCACUCCCCCCUGUAUUUGGAUGAAACGUUCUGAGGGCCGCUCUGGGAAGAGUCUUCCUCAGCCUCUAGUGGCCGGUUCUGGUUCUGAAGACCGCUCUGGGAGGAGUCUUCCUCAGCCUCUAGUGGCCGGUUCUGGUUCUGCAGCGGUCAUCAAGAAUGCCUUCACACAUGACUGCCAGGAGGGUUCCAGACGUUCUGCGUCUGCCCUUGUGGUUGUCUCCGCUGCCCUGUACUCAGUGCAGGCUGUUCUGUAAGGAGCUCCAGACACUCACCCACCCUGAUCCUGCCCCAAGACAACCACCACACACACACACACACACACACACACACACACACACACACACACACACACACACACACACACACACACACACACACACACACCCCUGUCUGGUGCUCUGGGAUUGGGUGAAUUCAAUCCUGAACAGUCCACUUGUGCUGUGGGGAGGGCGUGAUGGUGGUUGUCUGUCCCCCGUCCCCCCCCCCCAUCAUCUUGUAAACUAUUGAUUGAUUGAACGUGCAGACACCCACUGGCAGUGUGGUUUUACUCAUCAGUUGCAUCACAUUAUCCAGACGGUCAUUAAUUAAGUUACUUCACUGGUGCUCAGGUCUGCGAAGGUGUGUGUGUGUGGUGUGUGUGUGU